UCGGCUGCGCGAGGACGGGACGGGACGGGGGGCGCGUGCACACACCGCGGCCGGCGGCAACUGUUCCUCUUUAUUUUUCAUUUUCUUCUCCCGAAAAGCUUCACCACAUCACAUAACCGACCCACCGGCGGCAGAUCACCGUCACCCGCGGGAUUGCGUGAGGUCAGUGGUGCGCGGCCUCCGGGAGAAACUUUCGGGACAGCGGCGUGAAUCUCGCCUAGCUCCGGGAUUUAACGAGAGCGGAAUUUACACGACACGACCAGAAAUACUGGAGAAAUACCGUCAAAAACGGUGAAACUACAAUAAAUGUGAGAAACAGACUGUCGCGGCGCCCCCUCCCGUGUCCUCCGGUGAAACUGACGGUAAAGUCUCUCAUCCGACUCAUCAGCUCAUCUGAACUUCAUGAGGAGCGUGUGACCGGACAGAAGGACACACACACACUCUCUCUCCCUCCCUCCCUCACACACACACACACACACACACACACACACACACACACACACACACACACGCACUCUCUCUCUCUCUCUCUCUCUCUCUCCCUCACACACACACACACACUCUCUCUCUCUCUCUCUCUCUCUCUCUCUCACACACACACACACACACUCUCACACACUCACACACACACUCUCUCUCUCACCCUCACACACACACACACACACACACACACACACUCUCUGUCUCUCACACACACACACUCACACACACACACACACACACUCUCUCUCUCUCUCCCUCACACACACACACACUCUCUCACUCACACACAUACACACACACACACUCACACACACACACACACACACACACUCUCUCUCUCUCUCCCUCACACACACACACACACACACACACACACACACACACACACUCUCUCACUCACACACAUACAUUCUCUCUCUCUGUCACACACACAUUCACUUACACACACACACACACACACACACACUUACACACACACUCACAUUCACCAGCAGCUGAACGGGAUUCGGUGAAGGAUGGCUGCCUCAGUGAAGGUGGCAGUAAGAGUUCGGCCCUUCAACUCCCGUGAAAACAGCAAAGAUGCCAAAUGUGUCAUACAGAUGCAGGGAAACACUACCUGUAUCUGGAACCCCAAACAGCCCAAAGACGCAGCAAAGAACUUCAGCUUUGAUUAUUCCUACUGGUCUCACAGUACGGAGGAAGACCCAGCGUUUGCGUCUCAGCGUCAGGUGUAUCUGGACAUCGGGGAGGAAAUGCUGCUUCACGCGUUUGAGGGUUAUAACGUGUGUAUAUUCGCUUACGGUCAGACCGCUGCGGGAAAAUCCUACACCAUGAUGGGCAAACAAGAACCGGGACAACAAGGCAUCAUACCUCAGAUGUGUGAGGAUCUCUUCCAACGCACCAAUGAGAACACAGAUCCUGAGCUGUCGUACUCUGUAGAGGUGUCGUUUAUGGAGAUCUACUGUGAGCGAGUGAGAGAUCUGUUGAACCCAAAGAGUAAAGGAGCACUCCGAGUCAGAGAGCAUCCCAUCAUGGGUCCGUAUGUAGAAGACCUGUCCAAACUCGCUGUGACAUCAUAUGAUGACAUCAGAGACCUCAUGGACGUGGGAAACAAGGCCAGGACGGUGGCGGCGACAAACAUGAAUGAAACGAGCAGUCGAUCGCACGCUGUCUUCACUAUCGUCUUCACGCAACGCCGCCGAGAUCAGCUGACCAACCUCGACACAGAGAAGGUGAGUAAGGUGAGUCUGGUGGAUUUGGCGGGCAGUGAGCGAGCAGACUCAUCAGGUGCUAAAGGCGUCAGAUUGAAGGAAGGAGCAAAUAUUAAUAAAUCUCUCACUACACUGGGGAAGGUCAUAUCUGCACUGGCUGAAAUGCAAAGCAGCAAAAGAAAGAAGGCUGAAUUCAUCCCGUAUAGAGACUCAGUGCUCACCUGGAUACUGAAGGAGAAUCUGGGUGGUAAUUCUCGUACUGCGAUGAUCGCGGCUCUCAGUCCUGCAGAUAUAAACUAUGAAGAAACUCUCAGCACACUCCGAUAUGCUGACCGUGCGAAGCAGAUCCGCUGUAAUGCUGUAAUUAAUGAAGAUCCAAACGCUCGUCUGAUCAGAGAACUGAAGGAGGAAGUGAACAGACUGAGAGAUCUGCUGCUGUCACAGGGACUCAGUCAACUCGUCACACAACCAGCUGCUGAAGUUCAUAAUAACUGUGUUGGUGUGAGUCUCUUGCCUGCUGGCUCCGCCUUAAAUGGAGCUCCACCAGUCACAACACUCGAAACAAGAGACAGCUCCGCCUCUGAGGGCGACCUCUCCCCUGUGGAUGCUAAUAACCAAUUAGAAGAGUUUCAGGGGGAGAUAAUUACCAAUGAGGAAGCAGUGGAGAGACUUAAGGAAACAGAAAAGAUUAUCGCUGAGUUGAACGAGACGUGGGAGGAGAAACUGAGGAAAACUGAGUCUAUACGACUGGAGAGAGAGACUCUUCUGGCUGAGAUGGGCGUGUCCAUCAAAGAAGAUGGAGGAACUGUUGGAGUAUUUUCACCUAAAGGGACUCCUCAUCUGGUGAAUCUGAAUGAAGAUCCUCUGAUGUCCGAGUGUCUGCUGUACUAUAUCAAAGAGGGAGUCACCAGGUCCCCCUCGUGCCACCAAAACAGCGCCAACCCGCAUCUCAGAAUAGCAUUCAGAGAUGAUAUUCUUCUCAACACAAUUGUACAGAGUGGUUAUCUGAGUGUAACAAGGUUCUUAAGAUGGGCGAGGAGGAGGGUCGGUCAGAUGGAUGUGGACAUUAAGCUGAGUGGUCAGUUUAUUAAAGAACAGCACUGUGUGUUUUACAGCUUCAUCAACCACAACGGAGAAGUGGAAGUGGCUCUGGAGCCAUUGGAUGGAGCAGAGACGUAUGUGAACGGGAAGCAGAUCAGCGAGUGUGUGCUGCUCAAACAGGGUAACCGUAUCGUGAUGGGUAAGAAUCACGUGUUCAGGUUCAAUCACCCCGAGCAGGCGCGUCUGGAGAGAGAGCGCAGCACGUGUCUGGAGCAGCAGGGUGAGCUGGUGGACUGGAACUAUGCUCAGAGAGAGCUGCUGGAGAAGCAGGGCAUCGACAUCAAACUAGAGAUGGACAGGAGGUUACAGGAUGUGGAGAUUCAGUACCGCAGAGAGAAAGAGGAAGCAGAUCUACUGCUGGAACAACAGAGACUGUAUGCAGAUUCAGACAGUGGUGAUGACUCUGAUAAACGCUCCUGUGAAGAGAGCUGGAGACUCAUUUCAUCCCUCAGAGAGAAACUACCAGCUAACAAGGUGCAGUCUAUAGUGAAGCGCUGCGGUUUACCCAGCAGUGGCAAAUGCCGAGAGCCGUUAGGAGUGUACCAGAUACCACAGCGGCGGAGAAUCAGCAAAGACCCUGAGCAGGUGACCGUGAGCGAUCUAAAGUUACAGGCCGUCAAGGAGAUCUGUUACGAGGUGGCGCUCGGAGACUUCCGGCACUCUCGCCGCGAGAUGGAGGCGCUCGCCAUCGUUAAAAUGAAGGAACUGUGCCGCACGUACGGCAAACGCGACCCCACGGAGAAAGACACGUGGAGAGAGGUGGCUCAGGACGUGUGGGAUACGGUGGGCAUCGGAGACAAACGGGCGCACGAAGCGACUGAUGCCAACAUGGAGGGGGAAACCGGCAGAACCGGCGUGCACAAUCUGAAGGCGCACAUCGACAAACUGUCAGAUAUUUUACAGGAAGUUAAAGAGCAAAAUAACAUGAAGGACGAGGAGAUCAAAACGCUCAGAGACCGAAUGAUGAAGAUGGAGAGAAUCAUACCUGUACAACAGGAGGACGAAUCAUCAGAGGAUCUGACUGUGGAGGGUGGUGAGGGGCGGAGUGAUGACGAGGAUGGGUGUGGCUCUCUGGAGCUCCUCCCUAAAGAGGUGCGAGUGUCACGGCUGAUGGAGGAAGACCCCACCUUCCGAAGAGGGCGACUGCGCUGGCUCAAACAAGAGCAGACGCGCAUUCACAACCUGCAGCAGCAGCAAAUCACCAAGCGGCUGCACAGGGGUGGCGGGGAUGGUGAUGUCCACCUUCCCGGGACGGGCCGCUUCAUUCCGCCACAGGACUGCAAGCUGAAGUUCCCCUUUAAGAGCAGCCCACAGCACCGGCUGUCCUGGGGCCCGAACGCAUCUGCCGCGCAGGACGACGGUAAGGACGAGUGCGACGUCCCCUGCGUGCCGUCGCUUCCUCUACCAUUCCAAGUGCCUGUCGUCAUGCGCGCGCUCUCUCCCAGUCGCCCCUGGCAACCUCGCCAUUACUGCAAUGGCAAUCAAUUUCUGCAGCAACAGUGGCGCUACCGACGCAACUCGCUGGACGGCUUCACCCUGUCUGGCCACCAGGAUUACUAUAGCAACGGGCACCACAACAAUAACAACUCAAACCAACAGCACGCGAGGCGUGGUCGCUAUCAGAGACAGUCGCCGGGGCCUUGUGCACGUGGGGAGGGGGUGCAUGGCGCAGCAGCGUACACGCAAACGUACAACAGUCAUCAGCGCGCCGCCCUGCAAACGUACCAGACUUUACUGCACACACACACAGAGCAACAGCAUGCCACGAGCUGGACGCACAACCAAAAACCCCAGGGGUACAUCACCCCCCCACGCAUGAGGCGCCAAUUCAGCGCACCCGAACUGAAGAGCAAGGAAACACCCGUCUGAUGCAUGCACACCUGUGUGUGUGUGUGAGACCACAUACUUUACCCGCCUCCUAUCAGUUUUGAGGUGUGUGUGUUGUUGUUAUGUCAUGAAAUGCGAUUGUUUUGCUGGGUUAGUUAACACACAGUCUUGCGUAGUCCACUCCAUACAGCAGCCAAUCAGAUCAGAGCUUGUCGUUUUGAGAAAGCUCUGGCCAUUUGUAUGAGUAAUAUGCGUAAUGUGGACUGUUACACAAACUGACCCAAACUCCGGUAACAUUCAGUCGUCAGCGCCACAGUUUACGUGUUUUUCAGGAAGAUGUACCUCUCAGCAAUAACUCUUGCCUUUGCGUUAGUUUGUUCAACACUAGAUCUGGCCGUUUAUAUGUUCUGCCUCAGUGCCUUAUUGUGUGUGUGUGUGUGUGCAUUGAAUGUGCAAUAUAUGUCAUAAAAUUAUUUUCCUUCACUAUUAUUUUCAUAAACACUGGUUUGGAGAGCAUAUAGUUUUACCGUUUAUCGCACUGAUAGACGACUCUCAUUGAAUGAGAGAUCGGGCGCUGAAGCGGACAGUCCUCAGCUCCGUCUGUCACGAUUACAACAAACGUUACACAAGCAGGAGAAAGGUCUCACUUUCAUUAUGGUGUAUAGUAAACAGACACGCAGAUUUCACGUUCUGUAUGUUUGAAAUGCACCUUAUUUUCAUCCUAACUCCAUAUAAAGCCUCUGUGAUAAUGCACAGUGUAUGUAGGAUUUUUAUGGAAAGUUAGUCCUGUUGUCCACAUACGCGGUUGUGUUUAACAGCGUACUGUUUUGUGAUAAAUCUAUGCAAUUUUUAAAAUGGCAUAUCGGAUGAAACUAGAGACUCUACUCUUUUGACUCAAACAGGUUUCAAUGUGAAAACUUAAGCUGGUUUCUUACCAGAUGUAGUUUUGUUGCCGUAUCUCCGAAAGACAAACUCGACUGAGACUGGCACCAUGUUGUUGUCACAUGACUCGGUGCACUGAAUGUUUAACCCUUUAAUGACAGCCUAGAGCCUCCUGAACUGAGAUCAGCUGGUUUAAAAAUAAAAUAAAUGAAGCAUAGCCUAUAGCGAAGCCAAAACGUCAUGUCCACGCAUGUGGACGCGGGGUCUCUCGAGGUUAAUACAACACACAGCGAGAAGUGAAUGAUCUACUUACAGUACUCUUUACAUAAUAUUAAGAUAUUAUUCUGCUGGACUUCCUGUCGUGAGAGUUUAUAAGCACAUAUCACUAAAUUUGGGUCUUAUUAUCCUUCUAGUCAUUUACAUUGUGGUUAAUGACAGCGGAACUUUGUCACACUUGCCGGAAAUGUGGCCGCUUGCUUAUUCUGCGUUGCGAAUAAGAUGGAGAAACAACUUUUGUUUUUGAACGUUUAUCAGACAUUUAUAUUACUUAUAAAUAUGCACUCAGUCAGUCCAUCCAAUACAGCCAAAAACACAUUAAUUUAACCAUAAAUUAACAAACCCAUUUGUUAAAAAUGAAUCAGACCUCCCAACGUUAGGGGAAAAAACUGAAUGAGUGGAAUGUGAAGGAAAAAUAUGCAUGGUAAAGAAAGAUUUUACAGUGCUGGAAAGAUGAUUAGCAGGUGCCCAUCACUGAUGAUGUUACAAGUGAUGUUUAGGGUUCAAAGGUCAGUAGAAUGAAGACAUGGGAUUGUAGUGGAGUGGAGAUAUAAGUCGUGUGAGUUCGGUUUUUUAAGCUUUACUGAGAGCCAUGACAAGGAUGUGUUUAAAACCAUGAGAUGAAGAAAACUAUCUUUGCUGUUUAUUUUUAAUAUAGUUACUGUGCCUUCAGCGUGAUGUCAUUUUAAACAGAUCUCGUUCACUUCAACAGGAGUUUUGAAGAUGUUCUGUAAUUUGGGAUAGAAUUAGUCAUGAUUUUGAGACUCUGCAUUAGUGCAUCGUGUAGAUCUCACUGCUGUGAAAAACAGGAAACUACAGACACAAUGAAUGUUCAAAGAGACGUUUAAUACAAGAGUACAUGAAGUACAGUUGCUACGGUUAACACGCAAUACACUUAAAAUGCUUGCUCCGCCCCCAGCUUCUUCUGAUUGGUCCAUUGCUUUAUAACUGCACUGUGUUGUGUAAUAAAGAUUGUGUAUUGUCCUGUGUGAACGCCCCCCAAUGCGUUAUUUAUAAAUGCUCACCUUUGGGGUUUUAGACACGAAGUUCAGAGGGGCUUUUAUUUUGAGGCUGCUCUGCUGUGAUUGGUUCAGCAGAGUCACAGGUGGGCGGGUUUAUGCUAGAUUACCUGUCAGGACUUUCAGUAGAGAUGGAGAUAACGAAUGAUGAUGUCACUCUGUGUGGAGGGCAGUCACCGUGACAACCAGCAGAGGAUGGAGGUGAGAGAUGCUAAAUGAAUGAUUUCUGAUGAUGACCUUUGACCUUUAACAAUACAUGACAAUCUUUUGAUGAUGAUGAUGUCACUUAUUUACACUUUUGCAAACAAUUUAACGCCUUAAUAUGAUUGUUUAGUUUAAUCUUUAUUACUUUCUCAGUUUGAUUAUGAUUUUAUGAAUAAUUCAUGUUUUGUUAAGCUUUUGCAUGUGUGUGUGUGAAUGUGUGUGUGUGUUCACUUCUGAUGGGUUUAAAAACACGUGCGAUGUGAUUUUUAUUUGCAUACAUUCAUGCAUCUUCUUUACUGCGAGUAUACAGUGUGUGUGGGUGGGUGUGUGUGUGUGUGUGUGUGUUUGAGGGAAGCUGCUGCGCACAGAUAAAGCACUUGACUUCCUGUGUUCAAACAUGGUAAACCUCAUGUGUCUUUUUGGACACAAACUGAUGCUUCUGUUUUUAUUUUGGUUGCUUUUUCUUUGGAUUUUGAGUUACUUGGUUUUAAAAACCUCUGCAAUAAAUAAAAA